GGGAUGCCGGGAUGUUUACAGCCUUGACAGCGGCGGCACCAGGAGACGGAAGAGCGAGCGAGAGAGCGAGUAGGAGGAGGGGGGGAAAGAAGGAGGCUGAGGGCUGCGCUCCUUCUCCACACAAAACCCUCACUCCCCCCUCUCCCACGUAUUACCGCGUCUCUGCCUGAGGGAGAUUUGAAAAAUAACUGAAACCGACGCCAGCCCAGCCUUCUGAGGUCACUUGAAAGUGUUGUGAUUUGAAACAAUGGAUGAGCAAUCUCAAGGCAUGCCAGGCCCUCCUGUUCCUCAAUUUCAGCCACAGAAGGCCUUACGACCUGACAUGGGCUACAAUACUUUAGCAAACUUCCGAAUAGAGAAGAAGAUUGGCCGUGGACAGUUUAGUGAAGUUUACAGAGCCACAUGUUUGUUGGAUGGUGUGCCAGUAGCUUUAAAAAAAGUGCAGAUAUUUGAUUUAAUGGAUGCCAAAGCCCGUGCUGAUUGCAUCAAAGAAAUAGAUCUUCUUAAGCAAUUGAAUCAUCCAAAUGUAAUCAAAUACUAUGCAUCAUUUAUUGAAGACAAUGAACUAAAUAUUGUGCUGGAAUUAGCAGAUGCUGGAGACCUAUCUAGAAUGAUCAAGCAUUUCAAGAAGCAGAAGAGACUGAUUCCUGAAAGGACAGUUUGGAAGUACUUUGUUCAGCUCUGCAGUGCCUUGGAGCACAUGCAUUCACGACGUGUCAUGCAUCGAGAUAUCAAGCCAGCGAAUGUAUUCAUUACAGCUACAGGAGUAGUAAAACUUGGUGAUCUUGGAUUGGGAAGGUUUUUCAGCUCUAAAACCACGGCUGCUCAUUCUUUAGUGGGAACACCUUAUUACAUGUCUCCAGAGAGAAUCCAUGAAAAUGGGUACAAUUUCAAAUCAGACAUUUGGUCUCUAGGAUGUCUCUUGUAUGAGAUGGCUGCACUGCAGAGUCCAUUCUAUGGUGACAAAAUGAACCUGUAUUCCUUAUGUAAAAAGAUUGAACAAUGUGACUAUCCACCUCUUCCAUCAGAUCACUACUCAGAAGAAACUGUCUGAAUUUGCAUUUCACAUGGUAGCUGAUUAGGAGAUGCCGAGUGCAGCAGUGAAGCCUCAGCAGGCGGUUGCCAUGGUGACCUUCAGCAGGAUUUUAAUGAUGAUGCCACUAGUGGUUCGUUGAAGUCGGCCUGCCUGGAGGGCUACUUCACUGCAGCUAAGUGUGAAGUUGGAUAUAUGGAUUCUCAGCCAAGGGGCAAAUAUCAAAGUCCGGCUCUGAUAGAAGGUCUUGGUACUGUGAAAGAGAAAUGAGAUUCCACCUUUUUAUUAUUAUUAACUUAGUUUGCAUAGUUCUAGGUUAGGAAGGGGUGGGUGGAAUCACACGCACACACACACACACAAACAAACGUAUAUUUUCCCCAUGAACAAACGGAGAUUUACAUUAACACCCUUUUUAAAAAAUCAUUUAUCCAUCCGAUAAACAGAUAAAUCUGUUAAAUAAUUUCUUAAGAAAAGAAGUGGCCUUCAGAGCAGAAGGUGUUGCUUUGAACCAACUGUCCCUUAAAAAUCAUAUGUGGUAUAAAUUUUUUUUAUGACAUAUCUUUUAAGAUUUUUCUCUCUGCCUCUAAUACUAUAGUUUUAAUUGUGAAAGUCUUGUAUAGAACUUAAAACUGCAGAGAAGGAAAUAGGCUAAAGUGUGUCUGUCAGACUGCAGCAGCAUCCUAAAGACUUCUCGAAAAUUUAGACUUCAAACCCGUUAUCCAGGUUGAAAAGUGCACUUGGCUGAGCUGCUGAGUUCAGGGAUCACUGAACAACGAAAUCCGCUUGAAUUUUUUAUGUGAAUAAAUUUUAUGAAGGAAUAAAAUUACUUUGCAUCAGCUUCUGUCUGCUUUCACGGAAGAACAUUUAAAAAAGAAAUAAACCCCUUAACCACAAAAUAGUACUCUUAUGAUCAGUUUCUAAAACAUAUAUACUUUCUUUCUUUCUUUUUGGCAGUGAAAUCAUCAAUUGCUUUUGUUUUUCCUGGGCAUCUGGAUCUGAUGUGUGUGCUUGUGAUUAAUACAAACCCUUUUGGUAUACUAGCACCCUCCUUCACAUGCCAUGACAGUGCACACUGUUUGCAUACUCAGUUGUGGCAAUGCUACCUCCUUCCUUCUCUGAACUCCUUCCUACCAAAAGUUCUGCUGGUUCCGUAAACCCAUCAUGCUAACAACUACUUUUUAUUUUAUUUUUGAGUGGUUGGAAUGUUCCUAGGCCUUCCAUAACACCACAGCUGCUGAAUCAAAAGGAUGGAGAGGUCUCAUUUCAGUAUACUGAAGCUUAUCUAAUUGCCACAAAGGUUUCAAAAUCUGCAAAUUGAUUUUUGAUUGUGUUCGUUCAUUGCUUUCAUUGAAUUUAUUUGGGGGGGGGACAUAUUGGGGGGGAAACCCAGUAUUUUCUUACAAAUCAAUGUGUUUUGAGCACUAAUUUGAAACAUCCCUUUUCUACAAUUCUAGUAAGGCAUAUUCCAAAGCUAGCUUUGACUGCAACAAAUAAAUAUAUAGAUACAAUGAAAAAACCCAACCCUAGAUACUAAUGAGAAUUCCACUCACAGAAGACUCUGCCAGGGUUGCCUUUGGGACCCUUUCCUUUUUAUUUUCUCUAUCAAUGAUGUGGAAGAAUUUGAUGGCAGUGGGAUAGUUUUACCCAAAGUUUACAGUUCUCUUUUAUGUUGUGCUGUUCUUAUUUUAUCCUUUACAUUGACCACGUGGCUUUUGCAGUGUGGACCUUGGCAGGUGCAUUUAAGUUCCUUUGGACAGUGGUUCCCAAUUAGCUAAUUACUGAGAACCCCAAUUUUUUAAAAGUCAAGCCAUGAACCCCCUACUUUUGAAACAAUUGAUAACUAUGGUAGUUACAGUAGUUUAUUCUGUGAACCGCCCUGAGAUUCCUGGGUAUAGGGCGGCAUAUAAAUUUAAUUAAUUAAUAAUACAUCUGCAAAGCAAUUUUUGGAACAAAAUAUGGGGUAGCCCCUAGUAAGCAAAGGAUUUUAGGUAUACUAAAAAAACAGACUUGGGUUGAGCGAUAUCUGGUUUUCAACAUUGUGAUAUAUCGGCAGCUGAACAUCAUGAUAUUCUGGUAUAUCACAAUGUCUGAAAUUGGAGAUUGGGGAUGAGGGAAGGAGCAGUCACGGAGAUCAGGUGGGUGGGUUUGAGUGAGAGGGGUGCAUCAAGCCGCUGUCAGCAGGGCAGCCAGUGAAGAUGCUCCUGCUACUUUCCCGCUGACUGAGAAAAUCUGCUCCGCCUCAGUGCCAGGGGAAGGUAGUGCCCGGUGUCUUGAAGUGAGGGCGAUCAGCUGUCCUGUUUUCCCUCAGCAUGAGGGAAGGCAGCUUAGAUCAUCAUGCGAUAUCGGCGGUGCCUUGAAAUUGCUCUCCUUCACGUGAGGAGCAAUAUAUUGAUUGCUGCAUAUUGUCAAAAUUGUUAUCAUGGUGUGAUUUCAAAACCAAUUUUGGCCCAAUAUAUUAAAAAAAACCACACAGUGCUAAAACAGACCAUAAAACCUUUGAUAUUACCAUGCAAAAAUGACAAAAAUUAGCUUGGAGGGAGGGAAAGGAUGAGGCUGCGGACCCCCUGAGUGCGUUCCGCGGAUGCCCAGGGGUCGCCUGACCCCUAAUUGGGAAGCAUUGCCUUAGGACAUUGUUGGAGUUCUGCAAAACAGAACACUUGGUUGUUAAUGCACAGAAGAUAAAAGCUGGUUCUCUCAUACAUGCAUUGAUGAUAAGCGAUGACCUGCACGUGUGAAUGAGCAAUCGCAGAUUAACUGCCUCACAGUGGUCUUUUUGUUUCAUUCGUUUAUACAUUUCAUUGGAGACCUUCACAUGUUCAGCUAAGUUUUGCACAAUCAAAUGACAGAUGGCAAAUCUAGUAAUGUACCUGCCAACCAAUCAAUUGCUAAUGAUGCUCUUUAGGAGAUGGAAAACAUUAUACAUGUGUGUCCCUAGAGCGGGGUCCCAAAAUGAAACUGACCUACAUUUUCCCUCACCACUGUUUGGAACAAGCAUUGCUAGUUAUCAAAAGCUAAGAGUCACCUGUGUGCUUAACAAAAGUACUCAGUAUGUUCAGCCUCCCCCGCCCCUUCCAUAAUGGAGAAGGGACAUGCAAAGCAGGCAUUUGUGUGAUUAGGCAUCGACUCUGCUCAGGUGAGAUUUAGCUGCAUAUUGGAGAAACUGCAGGGGGCGGGAGGUGAUCUUGCUUGAGCACACAAAACCCUGUUAAAUCAGACUAAAGGUUUAUCUUGUCCAGAUUCCUGUUUUCCAUAGUGGCCAACCAGCUUAUUUAUGGUGGAUACAAUUCCUUUCAAGGAGAGACCUGCAGAAAACCUUUAAAGCUACAAUAAAUACAGUUAAUGUAAUACAUCAGCUCCUCAAACACUAUAAAACACACCAGGAUAAAACCAGCAGAAAUCAUCCAUAAAAGGUCUUGGGGGCAUAAUGGAGCUCCCAAGAGAGAGAGAUAUCCCCAACAUCUCUCCCCGCCAACCAAAUAACAACAUUAAGAUCGAAGCAACAUUAAGAUGGAAGUCCACAAGCAACAUCCCUUUCCAGAUAUUGCAGACCAAGAACUGGUACCAUUCUGGCUAUCAGCACAUUUUGUGGUAAUGCGUUCCAUAAAUCAUUUGCUCUUUAAGGAAGCACUUCCUUUCAUCCCUUCUGAACUUGCUGCUAUUUGAUUUCAUUAGAUGGUGCAGAGUUUUAAUAUUAUAAGAGAAAGAGAGAGAGAACUUUUUUCUCUAUGUAUGUUUCGUAAACCAUGCAUAAUUUUUAGAUACUUCUGUCAUGCUUUCCCCAUUACUUUCCUUUCCCCCCUAACUUAAAAAGGCCCAGACAUUGUACCAUUUCCUUGAAGGGAAGAUGCUUCAGCCCACUGAUGAUAUUGGUUAAGCAUUUUUGGACCUUUUCCAGCUCUACAGUGUCACUUUUAGAGAUGGGGCAACCAGAACUGUGCACACUACUGUGCAGCAGAAGUACGGCCGUUCCACAGAUUUGCAUUGGGCUAUUGCACUACUGGUAGUUUUCCCAGUUGCUUUCUCAAUUACUUCUGGCAUUGAAUUUGCUUUUUUGCCAUUGGCCCUUAUGAGUAUGUGACUAUUGGCUCAGUCUUCAAUGCAAAACAUUUUUUCCCUUAUGAAGUAUGUAGCCAAACACCUGUUAACUUCAGAUCAAGACAUUUAUCCUAUCAAAAACCAGAUGAUCAGAGCCUUGUAACAUUAGCUGCCGAUCUUACGCUUGUACUGGUGAGAAUAUAAGUAGACAAACUUCUUAUGCCCAGCAAUAUUCUGUUUUUGUAUUGGUUCAAAGUUCAGUAGGCUUCUAAUGAAGAUACAUGAUGCCCCCCCUCCCAAAAAACAACAACAACAACUGGAUGGACAUGGUUUUCUUAAGAACUUUUGAAUUACUAUUCUGAAUGUCAGGUUGGUUCUUUUCCAGGCAAAGUCUCUAAUUUUAUUCAGAAUCAUAGAA